GUCCAGCUGAUAGUAUUUCUUGACGGCCUACCUUGGAGACGCCGACUCAGCGCGACAACAAGUCGUCAUCCAUCCGUUUUUCGCGUUUUUCUUCCCUGCAGAAGUCCCAGCGCUUGAUCAGUUGUUCUCAUCACUAUCUCCUCCUCCGCUGCGAUCCCGCCGUUGGAAACCCUAAUUCAAAGCCAUCCCGUGGUCGAAUCGGCGAAUAUCAGCCCCAUCCCGUUAUCGGCGUUUUCGUUCGCGGACAUGUCGGCGCCCCGGACGAUCUACUAUCGCCGGGUAGCCGUCCUCCUGGGAGCAGCCACCGCAGCAGGCGGCGGGAUCUACGUAGCCUACAAGGUCUAUAACUCCGAGUACUACACCCGUCAGCGGCAACGUGUGCGGGACGCAUGGGUCCUGUUCUCGCGGUUAUACAACGCCGUUUUCGCCGCGUCUGAGCUUUCCACCACUGUACUAACGGACAUUCGGGCGUUUAUCGAGUCAGAUUCAGACGAGGUUCCGCGAAGCGUACGGCAGAUCCUGAAGCUGUCAAGCUCGGAGGAGUUUCAACGAGCCGUCGUACGUACAACGUACUCUGUAACAGAAGGCGUUCUCCACGGCGUGUGCCUGUCGUCAGCGUGGAACGGUCCAGAUGAAACGGCGAGCGCAUCUCAGGCGCAGGCCACCAAUGGCUCCGGGAUUGGCGGGAUUUCUGUCAGGCGAAUGGGACUGGUGGAAUCGGUUUUGGAUAAGCUGUUUACAGACGAGGGUCGAACCUUCGCAUCUGCAGUGGUAGGAAAGGCGAUGCGCAGUUUAGUAGUUUCGUUAGUAGACAAGUUAAGCAGCCCUCCCGGAGGAGUCUCCGCAUCUGGCGGCGCAGCUGGCGCCUCCUCCGGGGCUGGAUCCAGGCAGGCGCUGACGGGAUGGGAGCUGCUGUUGGUUGAGCUGGCAACCAACGAAAAGGGGAAGGCGCUGUUGAAGGAUGUCGUCUCGACGUUCGCCGUCAAUGCUGUCGGCACGUUCAUCGAGAAAACGAGAAACGUUAACGUCUACCAUGACAUCCUUGCAGCCGUGAGCCGGCAUCAAGAGCUUGUAAAGGAUGUCGGAGCACACAUCUUAACGAGGACAGCGGAGACAACUGUUGCUACUGCAAUGGCGCCUGUUCCCCCUGAAAUAGCAGCAAGGCGGGGGGGUAUGGCAAGUGGGGUGGUGAGAGCCGGGUUUGAGGAGGUGAUACAAACGGAGGGUGUUUCCGUCGCUCUAUCGACAUCGUCUGACGGCUCUUCGUCAGAAGCUCCGUCUCCGUCAGAAUCGCUAUCUCCGCGUAGCAGGAGCUCGCUUGACGGCCAGUUACAGGACGCCAUGUGGCAAGGGGUGCCAGAUGCCGCCUUCUCUUCCGCACCGCAUGAAACAGCGGUAGCAACAGCUUCCGCGUCCCUUCGGGGCAAGCUUACGACCUUCUUCCGUCGCUUGCCUCCUCCGCCUCCUCCCGCGCUCCAAGCAGCGUCCACAUCAGCAACCGCGUCAUUCUCAGGGAGCCAAGCGCUGUCCUCCACGUGGCAGCGUCAGCUGACUGGGUUCCUGGCAGAUAAGGAGGUCCGGGGCCUGGUUGUGGAGGUAGCGGGAGCUGUGUCAGCAAGAGGCAUGCGGGCCUUUCUUCUUGUCCUCUUUCACAAUCUGCUCUCUGGGCAGGCCUCUAGAGUAGCCAGAGGAGGAAGGGGAGAUUCUGGGGGGAUUACCCAGGGGGUUAGGAGGAGCCGGAUUCAGGUAGUUUCAGGUGGAGAUGAUGGGGAGCAGGGUGAUGAAGUCGCGGUUGAUGAUGACCUGGCAUUGGAGCCGUCUGAGCUGGAACGAGUGGCUGAGGUUUGUGGGCGUCAAGCUAGGGCCAGUGCUGCACGGGCACUGACAGUAGCUUCUUGCUGCCUUGCCCUGGUGAUGCAUUGUAUGAUGGGCCUUUCAGUCAUGUCUGCAUCAAGAUAGGCAUAAUCCGAUAGUUAUUGUUAACGAGUGUCACUUCUCUAUGUUUGAUGGUUACCAAGUCAGUGGGAUCUGCAAUCACAGAAUGGCCAGACUGGUUGUGGUUAAAAGUA